UUGUCAACGACCAUAAAAUCAGGCAGCAGGUAAAACAUUGACUAUUGGGAUGUCUGUUCCCAUUAAGCUUGCGGUGAAGUUAGUAGACGGAGAGGUUUCUUGGCGGGAUCUUCGAUAUGUGUAUUUUUCUCCAGCAGCUUUAAAGCGACUUGGCUUUGUUCAGAAACAGCUUGUUUCUGUAAAACAUUCCAAUGGUUCAUCAAUUGGUAUCGCCCAAGUACCACGAGGAGUAAAUUUAGGUCCUUUUGAGAUAGGUCUUAACUCACAAUUUGCUGACUGGGCAAAUGCAAAAGUUGGUCAACGAGUGAACGUGGUUCAAUAUACUCAUCCAUUGAAAGACGUAGAGAGUUUAAAGAUAACUUGCAGUACAGGUACAGAAGGAAAUCCUUUUUCUGAAUCACAGAUCAAGAAGACCCUACUGGAGAUGCGUUAUUUGCAUCUGGGCAUGGUUUUUGCAGCACAAAGCUCCAACACAACAAAAGCAUUGACACCAGUUACGAAGCAUGCGUCAAUCGAUCAUAAUUUGAAAGAUAAUGAUGAUAUUCUUCCACCAGGAUGUAUAAAAAUUGAGGAAAUCCAUGUCCGAUCUCCUAGUAACCUGUUGGAAGCAAUCUCUGAUUUAUCUCUAGAGGAGCCCCGACUUUAUCGGUUUACUGCAUCUUCGGAUUUAGAUGUGGAAGGCCCUUUCCAUUCUGAAAUGUCUGAAUCGCAAAAUUCAGUUUCCUCGCCUGUGGUCCAAGAUUCUCGAAUUCAACAAGAGGCGUCUUCUACACCUAUAACAUUUUCCUCCAUUGGAGGAUUAGACAAUCAAAUUCAACAAGUUCGAGACGUUAUUGAACUUCCUUUUCAAAAUCCCGAGCUGUUUGAAUAUUUUCACAUUUCUCCUCCACGAGGUAUUUUACUUUAUGGACCUCCUGGAACUGGUAAAACAAUGAUUUUACGAGCAAUAGCAGCGGAAACUAACGCUCGUGUUUUCCGAAUCGAUGGGCCGUCUGUUGUUGGUAAAUAUAUGGGUGAAACUGAAGCUAGGCUCAAGAAGAUUUUUGAUGAUGCUCGUUCCCAACAACCAUCCAUUAUAUUUAUUGAUGAGAUCGAUGCUAUUGCGCCUAAAAGGACUAGUGAUGUUAGUGAAGCAGAAAGCCGAGCGGUUGCAAGUUUAUUAACUUUGCUGGACGGUAUGUCGAAUGCUGGUAAGGUUGCCGUAUUUGCAGCCACGAAUCGCCCCAAUUCUAUAGAUGAAGCUCUUCGACGACCUGGACGUUUAGAGAAAGAGAUUGAGGUUGGAAUACCGGAUAAAAAUGCUCGCUUAGACAUAUUAAAGCUUCUUUUUGAAAAGGUUCCAAAUAAACUUGGUCCUGAAGAAUUGGAAGAUUUGGCGAGUCGCACUCAUGCUUAUGUCGGUGCUGAUUUAACAGCGGUCGUUCGCGAGGCUGCAUUACGAGCAAUUAAGAGGGCUUUAAAAAAGCAAAAUGAGUCUGACGAUGCUACUGCGAAAGAAAAUCGUGGUGCUGUAGAGUUAGAUGAUGUGGAACUAGCAUUAACCUCAGUUCGACAAAGUGCGAUGCGAGAAUUUAUUAUAGAGUCGCCCAACGUCAAAUGGUCACAAAUAGGAGGUCAGGAAGAUGUCAAACAAAAAUUGAAGGAGUCUGUCGAGUGGCCGUUGACGCACCCGGAAACCUUUUCUCGGUUAGGAGUUCGCCCUCCAAAGGGAAUUUUAUUGUAUGGUCCACCGGGAUGUUCCAAAACGUUGACUGCCAAGGCGAUUGCCACAGAAACGGGACUGAACUUUAUAGCUGUCAAGGGCCCUGAAUUAUUUAACAAAUAUAUCGGUGAAAGUGAACGAGCUGUUCGUCAGCUUUUCCAAAAAGCUCGGCAAGCAAGUCCCUCUGUCAUCUUUUUUGAUGAAAUUGACGCCUUGACAAGUAGCAGAGGUGAGGAUCAUAGUGGAGAUCGAGUAGUAACGGCAUUGCUAAAUGAGCUUGAUGGUAUCGAGGCGUUAAAAAAUGUGCUUGUUCUUGCAGCAACGAAUCGACCGGAUGUGAUAGAUCCGGCUUUAAUGAGACCUGGCAGAUUGGAUCGGUUAUUUUAUGUAGGACCACCAAAUCUUGAAGCACGCCGUCAAAUUCUGCUGAUCCAAUCUCGACAAAUGAAAUUCUCUGAGGGCAUUGAUUUGGAGGAUAUCGCGCUACGUACGGACGGUUGUUCAGGUGCAGAAAUUGUUGCUUUGUGUCAGGAAGCUGGUUUAGUUGCUAUGCAUGAAAACGUGGAAGCAACGGAAAUUACGCGAGCACACUUUGAGAAAGCAUUACUUGCACUCAGAAAGGGUAUCACUCAAAACAUGUUGGACUUUUAUAGUCAGUUUGCUGAAGGUGUUUCAGCUAAGGCAUCAAGUGGUUAAAUGGUUGCUAGGAAUGGUUAAAGAAUUGGUGUGAGUGAAUAAACCAGUUAGUGGUUUUUUUACUUUGGGAUUUACGUGGUUUUACUUUAUUUUUUGGCAUAGGUGUGGGUGAUUGAUUCGUAUGAUAAAGAGAACGCAGCUUCAUUUCUCACAAAACAUUAAAUAUAUGAGGAAGUCCUCAAUCCUGCAAAACUUUAAUUAUGUGUUGUUGAUAUGGAUGAAAUCGACCUUUCUAUUAUUUAUAUUUUAUAAAUACCUAUCGUGUGAGAUGUCAUUGACAAUCAUAAUUUUAUCAAAAUAGAGGGCUAUCCCUUUUUAAAUAUGCUCAAAACAUUGGAAUAUAUGAAUACCAAAAGUCAGAAUGAUGCGAAAACCGUUUACAAUUUGAAUUGACUCUGGAGUUUGCCGAAAGCCUCUUGAGCAGAGGAUGAAUUAUUCUUGACGUCCAUAACUACUUUCAUAGCAUUACCACCUGUAGCAUCGUUAAUUUUGUUCAUGAUGGCUAUCUUUUGCUUUGUGUCUCCAGGAAUCACAUCGUUGAUUUUCUUCAUCGUUUCUGCUUGCUUGGCACUCUCCCUGGCAUGAGAUGCGAAACCCAUAGGAUCAUCAGCAAUACCGCCUUCUCCAGCGCUGCCUUUAGAGCCUCUAAGAUUCAAAAAAUUCUGCAUAUUGAUGUAAAGAGCAAAUUGGUAAAUAAACAAAAAGAUGAGUGAAUAAACAAGUAAAUUUUAAAAAAUUCGAUCGAUAUUGUCUUGCAUAACUGUCCCUAAGUAUUUAUAUUAUGCGAACCUGGGAUUUAUUAUUUUUGACAUCAUUCAAUAUAAAUGAU